AUGAACGACCGCCAGGACGUCAACGUGCCCAUGCGGUGGGUCGUGCGCGCCCUGUUCGCGCUCCUCGCCGUGUACGCCGUCAUGGCCUGGUUCCGCCCGAUGUUGGGCGCCGAGGUUCAGCUCGCGGCCAACGUUCCAGGCAGCUACGUCGAGGUACUCGGCAUUGGCAGGCACUCGGCGUCCGCCAUCUUCGUCCACGGGUUGGGCUCGAACGCGGCUCAGAACAUCCCGCUCGUCUCUCGACUGCGGCAGAAGCUCUUCCAGGUCUCGUUCAUCUUGCCCUCGGCCGACCCUCUUCCGCUCUCGGCCUUCGACGGCGCCUAUCAUUCGGCAUGGUUCGACGUCGCCGACCUGCAGCCGGCGAUGGAUGCGCCUUUACCGACUCGCGAGGACGAGGAGGGCAUCAAGAAGGCGGUCGACCGCAUUCACGGCCUCGUGCAGAAGGAGCUCGACAAGGGCAUAGAGCCGCACCGGAUCGUGCUCGGCGGCUUCUCGCAAGGCUGCGCGACGGCCCUCCUCGCUGCCAUCGCGUCGAAGGAGAAGCUGGGAGGCGUCAUCUGCCUGUCGGGAUGGCUGCCGCUCUCGUACAAGAUUGCAAAGGUCGGGCCGAGGAAGCGGCAUCCUAUGCAGGCCGAGCACGCGCACAACAUGCCCGUCUUCUGGGGCCACGGCGCCGCCGACCCGACCGUGCACUACCUGUGGGCCGAGCAGAGCCUCGACCUCCUCGCCGACAUGGGCUUUCGUGAUAUCGAGGCGCACACGUACGACGAUCUCGAGAAGUGGCUCGAGCGGAUCUUGCCGCCGACCUGA